AUGGCAGCGCUUCCGGUCCCUCUGCCCUCAGCGAAGAUGGCGGCAGUAGAGAAGCGGCGGCAGGCGGUGGCACAGGCAACUAGUUUCACAGACAGCGGCCGGCCGGGGGUGUCCCGAGCGGCGGCGACGACCGAGAGUGAAGAGGACUUCCUGCGACAGGUCGGCGUGACGGAGAUGCUACGCGCGGCCCUGCUAAAGGUGCUGGAGGCGCGACCGGAGGAGCCCAUCGCCUUUCUGGCGCACUACUUCGAGAACAUGGGCCUGCGGUCUCCUGUAAACGGCGGCGCUGGGGAGCCUCCGGGCCAGCUCCUGCUUCAGCAGCAGCGCCUGGGCCGCGCACUGUGGCAUCUUCGCCUGGCUCACCACUCCCAGAGGACGGCCUUCAACAACAACGUCGGCGUGGCCUACGAGUGCCUGAGCGCCAGCGGGCGCAAGAAGAAGCCGGGGCUGGACGGGCGCACGUAUAGCGAGCUGCUGAAGCGCAUCUGCCGCGACGGAGAGGCCCCCGAGGAGGUGGUGGCGCCACUGCUGCGCAAGAUCCAGUGCCGGGACCACGAGGCAGUGCCGCUGGCCGUGUUCCGCGCGGGGAUGCUCACCUGCUUCGUGCUGCUGGAGUUCGUGGCGCGCGCCGGCGCCCUCUACCGGCUGCUGGAGGACCCGGGCCUGGCCGUGGCCGACCGCCGCUUGGGCCAGGCCGUGUUGGACACGCUGGAGGGGGCCCUGCAGGCCAGCGACGACACUGCGCCCGCGCGCUACCUGGAGGCGGGCUCGCGCCUGGGGCCCGACAGCCUGGCGCUGGCUAUGGACCGCGCGCUGGUGGCCCGACGACCCAGCGCCCCCAUGACCCGGGAGGAGUUCCUGGAGAAGGCCGCCGCCCUCUUCAUCGCUAAGGUCAAGCCCGUGGGCUGA